UAAUUUAAAUUAUCCUAAUAUUAUCAAAUAUAUUGAGAUUGGUACGUAACCAAUAUGCAAAAAUAAAAUUGUGGAUCCAGAAAGAUACCCUAUUUCUCACUCCAAUUACUUGUAUUCAUUUGAAUUUAAUAACAGACUUUCGGAUUUCAGAUCCCACGAAAUUUCCACCUUCACUCCCCCCACAGCUUCAUCAAAUCCAUUCACGAACCUUUUCCAAUAGCCAGAGACUCACCUUUUUGUUGCUUCCACUACUCUCGUAUUUAGAGAGGAUAUGUUUUGAAGAUUUUUGCAUCUGCUUUGUAUAGCUGAGAAAUCGUUCUGGGACGAAGUUGAUUAAGCACUAGAGAGAGUGGUGAAAAUUGUUCGUAACUAUGGGAUCUUUCAAGGGUCAUGCUUUGCCGGGGACAUUGUUUUUUUUAGUUGGGGUAUGGCAUAUAUGGGCUACUAUAGUGAGAUAUGUAGGUAAUCCUAAGAGGUUUCAAGUUCGGGCGUGGAAUCCUGUACCGGGUUUUGAUGGGAGGGUGAAGCACUUGGAGCUCUAUGUUAUUGCAAUUGGUUCUCUUAUUGAUUUGUGCAUUGAGUUUUUGUAUUCAACUCACCUCAAGAUAUUUGUUGGGGGUGUCCUUAACCCUUCUCAUAUGAAUGAUUUUGAGCACUCAGGGAUGCUUCUUAUGUUCUUUAUAUAUGGUGUUGUUGCCUUACUUCGCGAAAACACCAGGUUUCUUACAUUGCCCGAAGGUAUUCUAUGUUUGAUAGCAUCCAUGGCGUUUUCCGCCGAGUAUCUUCUAUUCUACUUUCAUUCAACAUCACACAAAGGCCUCGAGGGCUAUUACCACACCCUCCUAGUCUUCCAAGUAGGACUAUGUGUUUUAUCUUCAAUCGCCGGCGCAAUUAUGCCAAACAACUUUCCAGUCGAUUUAUGCAACGGAAUCGCCAUAGCCCUACAAGGCAUAUGGUUCUAUCAAACCGCAUUUGUUCUCUAUGGUCCCAUGCUGCCAGAUGGUUGUAAGAUUAAGGAAAGCCAUAUCACAUGUAACUCAGUUGACAGCGAGGUUCGCGGCGAAUUGCUUGCUAACUUUCAGUUUUUUGCUGCCAUACUCGCGGUUCUUGUUGCAACGGUAGCGGCGUACGGAUAUGCUGCUUCAAGAUAUGGAAAUUCUGAAGUUAAUAAUUUGCAUACUGUUCAGAAUGAAUUAGAUCAAAACUGAAAUAGGGUAUGCUAUUUUUGCUUUUCUCUUUCUUUAGUAACGGUUGAGAAUGUUGUUGGAACUUAGUUUCUUAUAGAACAUGUCUGUAUAUUGGAGUGAAAAGGUGGGGAAGAAAACAUUAUACAUUUUUGUUGUGCAAUGAGGUUUAGAAAAUGGUGUAGAAGGAAUAGGAAAUUUAUUCUUUAAUGUGGCAUAUAUUUUGAUUACAUAAUGAGUAUGAACAAAAAAAAGUAAUUUAAAGAAUCUAAAGUUUCAUUUUGCAA